UCUUCUUCUUGUUAGUGUCAGCAAAAAAAACUCGAGCCGGUCUUUAAUUACGAGCCGCACGAAUUGAGGAUUGGGCGAACGCGCAUGCGCAUAGAGAAAGAAGAAGAAGGGAAGAAAAUGAGCUUGGAAGUGAGAGGUGAAGUGUCCCUCUUUCGGAGCACUAGUCGACUUUGUUUUUAAAGCAUCGAUAGCUCAUGACAUGACUUCGAUUGUUGUGGAUACUUGACCUUUAUUUAUUUAUUUAUUUGCCAAAAAAGGAAGAAGAACAAAAACAAACAAAAAAGAAUAAUAAUCACGAAUGAAAAUAGACAAGUCAUGGAGGGACUGAGCGGGAACUGUCCUGCCUCUCAUUGCAGGGAGCUGAUCUCUCACCCCGGACUAGGGCGACACUCUGGGACUAUUAUGCCCCACCAGGGCUCGAUUUACCCCGAUAUCUCCUCUCCUGAAGGCGGAAGGCAAUGUCCAGGGCCUCAGACACCCUCCUCCGGGGCAUCUCUGGGUUAUAAUUACCCUUAUUCCUACUACGAAUGCCGUUUGAGUCAUUCUCACGGUGUUAAUGUGCAGAAGCCGUGCUCUUAUCACCCCGCUGAGAAAUACCCCGAGCACGGGGAAGAGCUCUCCAACCGAGCUAAAGAACUGGCUUUUUACCCGGGUUUUGCCGGCUCUUACCAAACCGUCCCGGGAUAUCUGGAUAUGGCGGUGAUGCCGGGAAUCGGUGCUCAUCCAGAAGUGCGGCACGAGAGCUUAAUCCCUGUGGAUGGAUAUAAUCACUGGGCAUUGAGCAACGGAUGGGAUGGACAAGUGUGUUUUUCCAAAGAGCAGAGUCAGCAGAGCCACCUCUGGAAGUCACCUUUCCCAGAAGUUGUGCCACUGCAACCUGAAGUCAGCAGCUACCGCCGAGGCCGCAAGAAGCGCGUGCCUUACACCAAGAUCCAGCUAAAAGAGCUCGAGAAGGAGUACGCGGCCAACAAGUUCAUCACCAAAGAUAAAAGACGACGGAUCUCCACCAUGACUAACCUCUCAGAGAGACAAGUUACCAUCUGGUUUCAGAACCGACGUGUAAAGGAAAAGAAAACCGUCUGCAAGUCAAAGUCAAGUGCCCACAUGCACGCUACCUGAGGAGAGGCCAAUCUGUAAAAAUAAAACAGAAAACAAAAAUAAACAUUUUAAACAUGCAGAUUAAUAACCCCUUAUUGAUAUCAUCUAUUAAUGUAUUCAUGACAUAGUUAAUUUUGGUAAAUUGUGAUUAUCCCAGCCACCUGGAAAUUAGCAUUGUGCAACUUCAAACCGACAAACCCCCAUAAUCAGUAAUUCAUAUUCGAGUAGUUGCAAACUAAUGGAACCAGUUUCCUUCCAAAAACAAACAAACAAACAAACAAACAAACAAACAAAAACACAAAGAAAGCAGGCAAACAAACAAAUAAAUAAAUUAAAAUAAAAUAAAAUAAUUAAUUCACGCUCUUUUAUCAUUUAUCAGAUAAGGUCUGGUAAACAUUUCCCCAUGGCCUCAAUGCAAAAGACAAUUUUUAAAAGUAUCAGUGGUUUUAUUUGUAUAAAGGAAAAUCAAACUGGGGUUUUCUUGUUACUUGUUUCCUAAAACUUCUCACUCGUGUGUGAAGGUUCUGGUGAAAAUCAGGGGGUUUUGGGGACGAAGUCAGCGCGCGCUGCUUUAAUUCAUUCCUAUGAAACCAAGUUUGAAGUGAGAAGUGGUUGAAAAAAAAAACAACCCUAUAAUAUUCAGAAAACUCAAGGUUUUUUUUUUUAGAAAAAAGCUCAGUGUCUCGUGUUGGACCGGAAAUGUGCAGGUCUGCAAGGCUGCGUCUGUGAUAUUGUACAGUGCCAUGCAUAACUAUUAUUUAAUUAUAUAUAAGACUCUCUCGUGCGACAUGAGGUGUAAAUUGAUAUUAUUUUAUCGUGUAUUUUAUGUCAAUCUCGUUUAUUUUCUCAUUUGAAAGAUGUUUCUCUGUCAUGAAACUGGAAUGUUUUGUUAAUGCCUUGUGGAUAUUAAAGAGUAUUGCUUAUUAAUGCAUAAUUUCUAUUUGGUUAUGUAGCGUGUCUUUGUGUGUGUGUGUGUGUGUGUGUGUGUGUGUGUGUGUGUGUGUGUGUGUGUGUGGACGUCUUCAUAUGUAAUUUUAUAAAGUUUAUAGUCUAAAUGUUGCACAUAUUCUCAUUUAUUCAGAACACAUGAGCUGAAAUAAAUAUUACACACUAACAAUAAUAAGACAUAACAGUGGAGCAAAACACAUUCUGUGUAACUCUCUGUGUAGGAAAGU